AUGUGGAAAAUGGGACAAAUAUGCGGAUCAUCCGACGGAUAUCAGCGUUCAGUUCAAAUUCGACUACCGUCACGACUGAUAAUAACAAGGCCUAUCAACCUUGUCAGCCGCUUCGAAAUCACUUCAAAUACAACCACUCAAGAAGAGACUGCAACUCAGAACGAAUCAACGGAAAGAAGAACUCAGCCUCCGAUCCAUCCUAUGGUCACUCGGUCCAAAGCUAGGCGACAACAACUAAACCUACCCUUGUUCAUUUCGAUCAUGACAGCUCUUCUACAAUGCGUUAUUUCGGCCAGUUCUCGCUGUCCUGAAGAACUAACGCUGGACAAGAAAAUCAUCCAUGCAACACCGUGCGUGACAAAUGGAGUAGCGGUAGCAGUGUAUUCGAAGGAGGACACAAGGAAGAUCUGCUGGUUUCCAGUGACAUGCCCUCACGGCGAAAUUCGUGCUUCCUUCCAACCAUCGAAAGAUCUACAACUAUGUGGACCAAAAUGUGAAUGUCCCAAAUGGUCACAAUUCUGCUCACACUACAGCAACUCUCGCACGGUGCAGUCAAAGGCGCCGAACAUCCCAUCAGAGUUUCUUCAUUAUACUCCUGACGAGGUCUGCUCCUUCCAGCAAUCAGACAAGUGCAGCCAGAGGAAGAAAAUAGGGACAUUCAACCAAAUCGAACUCUACGAUGGCACAUUGCUCCUGGUACCCCGGCUCCAAGUUUCUGUGAAGGAUUAUCUGAAUUCCGACGACUUCAUAUGCAUCGAUUCGGAAGGAAAGCUAGUUCCUGCAACGCGUCCCUACCAAGGAACUUCAAUGUUUUGCGAACAACAGCAAUGCAGUGACGGUGCCAAUAAAUUCUGGCAUGGGGAACGACCACGAGAGAAUUCUAUCCCCAUAACUCGGACGCUCAGGCUCAGACCGUCUUCAUCUCAGCCAAGUGCUCAAAAGGAGGUGUGGAAAUGA